AUGCGGUUCGCCCUCGUCUCCGCCCUCGCCCUCCCCGUGCUCGCCUCUGCUCACGGUCGCGCUGGCGUGCGGCACCAUGUUCGUGACAGCACGGCCUCCGUCUCGGCCGCCAGUACUGCGUCUGCGUCUGCAUCCGCGUCUGCGCCUGCCUCCACCGCAUCCUCAGCUGCGUCCUCAGCUGCGUCCUCUGCCGCUUCAGGUUCUUCUGCAGCGCCCCCAGGCAGCGCUGCUGCUACACCUGCGAAGGCGUCGUCAGGCUUCGGCACGAUCACUUUCUCCCUGGCUUCCACCAACCCAACGGCUGUCCCUUACUCGUCUAUCACUCAGGGUGCGCCACGCAGACCACCUAUGCCAUGACGACCACGUACACUGCCGGUACCGUGCCCAGCGACAUCCCAGGCGCGCCUCCCAUCCCGAACUGGGCGGCCUUAAAGCCGGCGAACUACCCAGCGCUCGACAAGACCCCGCCCUUGGACUCUGACGAGGUCAAGCAGUGGAUCCAGGAGGUGCAGAACUCGGGCGUCCCUAUCCCCGAUUUCGCUCCCACCAAUCCUGGUGGCUGCGCCAACAACACUCAGGCUGCAGCUAACUCUAGCCGGUGCUGGUGGACGUGCGGUGGUUGCGAGCGUGACUAUGAUGUCACGACCUGCCCGACGAAGGAUACGUGGGGGUUGACGUACGACGACGGCCCGUCUCCGUACACAACCGACCUGAUGAACUACCUCGACCAGCAUGCAAUCAAGGGGACGUUCUUCGUCGUCGGCUCCCGUGCUAUUUCGCGUCCUGCUAUGCUACAGGCCGAGUACGUCCAGGGGCACCAGAUCGCCGUGCAUACCUGGAGUCACCCGUACAUGACGACGAUGACAAACGAGCAGGUCAUCGCUGAACUGGGAUGGUCGAAGAAGGUCAUCAAAGAUGUACUGGGUGUGACCCCGAUCUACUGGCGUCCGCCGUACGGUGACAUUGAUGACCGUGUUCGUGCGAUUGGUAUGGCCAUGAACUUAUUCCCUGUCAUGUGGACGCGUAUCAGCGCUACCCAGACUUUCGACACGCUUGACUACGAUCUCGCUAGUGGCAUGGCCAACCCCGUGCAGGUGCUGGACUCUUGGGACGCGAUCAUGAACAACUCGACGCAGAUCGAUACUGGUUUUAUCGUCCUCGAGCAUGAUCUCUUCCAGCAGACUGUCGAUAUCGCGGUUGGUUACAUUCUCCCGGAGGCUCUUGCCCACCAGCCUGCGUACAACAUCACCCCCGUCAUCACGUGUUCGGACAUGCCUAUGUCGAACGCGUACUUGGAGACCAAUGAUAACUCUACCAAUACCCUUCCGGCUGUCGUUCUCGGAGGCAACGUCACGACUGACGCGGAUCCUUCGGGGUCCUCUAACGGCACUGCAUCGGGUGCAUCUACCAGCGGUGCCGUAGGCACCUCCGCUCUUAGCUCGGGCCUCAUUACGGCGGCCGUUAGCGUUAUGGCGGGUAUGGCUGCAUUCAUGCUCUAGCCUUGGACGAUCGCCGAACCAUCCAAAUGAUCGUCGAGGCUUCGUCUUCGACUCUUGUCGACUCCGCAAUAGAUAGUUUACUGGUACAGCCUUGUGUCCUGUGGACAUUUUGAACGACUGAUACCUAUUAUUUCCGAGACCCCAUUCACAAUUCGCGUUGUAGUGUAGCCGAUUUGUUACCCGAACUGCUGACUUCAAUCACUAAUUGCCCUUCUGCAA